AUGAAAGCGUGCGAUAAUGGCAAGCAGUGGCAGCGGGCUCUGGCGCUGCUCAGCGAUAUGAGGGAGGCGAAGCUGAAGCCAGACGUUGUCAGCUACAAUGCUGUCUCCAUCACUUGCAGGAACAGCGGGCAGUGGGGCCAGGCUUUGGCAUUGUUCAGCGGGAUGUUGGAGGCAACAUUGGAACUCGACAUCUUCAGCUACAACAUCGGAAUGAGUGCAUGCGAUAAUGGUGAGCAGUGGCGUCUGGCUCUGGCGCUGCUGGACGUCAUGAGGGAGGCGAAGAUGAAACCCGACGCCAUUAGCUACAGCAGUGGGAUCAGAGCGUGCGAGAAAGGCGAGCAGUGGCAGCGAGCUCUUGCGCUGAUCGGCGAGAUGAGGGAGGCGAAUAUGAAACCCAGCACUGUCAGCUACAGCUCUGGGGUCAGCGUGUGCGAGAAAUGCAUGCAUCGCCAGCUGGCUGUUGCGCUGUUCAGCGAGAUGUCGGAAACAACAUGGGGCUCCCGGCUGCAGCGCCAUGACUACAGCGUGCGAGAGCAGCGGACAGUGGCAGCAGGCUUAAGCGCUUUGCCAUAG